AUAACUGGGACACGUCAAACGGUGAAUGGGACCCAUGUGUAAACGAUACGUCACAGCAGAGUUUAUCACCGGGUCAAUGGCUGUUCAUCGGGAGUGUGUAUAUAAGGAUGGACAGAGUCUGUUGUUGGUUAGAGAACUUCGGUUCGUCGGCUUGCAAACAUGGACGUUCUGCAACUUGUAUCCCGUCUCAAUCGUGACACUGCUCUGCAGGCUGUGGGGACAUCCGUGGCCCUGUACGUGGCGUACCGAGUGGUCAAACUCGUGGUCUGGUAUCGGCGUUUCUUCAGCUUCUUCAACAACUGUCAGGGCGUCAAGGAGUUUAACUGGAGGUCUGGGAACCUGCAUGUGCUCCCCCAGGACUUCGAGAAACGUGCCGAAGUGGAGCAGGAAUGGAUGAAGAGAUUCCCCAAGUACUACCGGCUCUGGGUAGGGCCUCUUAAUCCAGUCAUCAGGGUCUACCACCCAGAUACCAUCAAACCCAUCAUCAAGUCCGCAGAGCCAAAGCCAAGGGGAUUUGGGGCCCAAUAUGAAGCAGCAGUGCCCUGGCUCGGGGAGGGUCUCCUGAUCGCUGGGGGACAACGCUGGUACCGAGCUCGUCGACUCCUUACCCCCGCCUUCCACUUCGACAUCCUUAAACCCUACGUCGAAGUCUCUAACAACGCUAUUGACACUAUGAUGGCUAAGAUUGACAAUCACAUCAAGGAAGGCUCCAGCUUUGAGUUGUUCAACAUGAUCAGUCUGUGUACAUUUGAUAUCCUGUUGAGAUGCGCCAUGUCGGUCAAGGAAAACAUACAGCAACAGGGCAACCCACUGUACUUCUUUGACUUCGUCUUUUACAACACGUCCAAGGGGAAGAAGUUUAAGGAGCGUUGUGACUUUGUACAUAGCUGGGCGGAAGGCAUCAUCGACAAGAGGCGACAGGAUUUGGAGAGAGAUGGUCCCCCCAAGGCCCGCUACCUGGACUUCCUGGACGUCCUGCUCAGUGCCAAAGAUGCUGAUGGCAAGGGCCUCACCCCGCUAGAGAUCAGGAAUGAAGUCGACACAUUUCUAUUUGAAGGUCACGACACAACGACCAGUGGAAUAUCAUGGACGCUGUUUACCAUGGCCUCCAAACCCGAGUUCCAGACCAGGGUCCAGGAGGAAGUGGACACAUUGCUGGAAGGGAGAGAAUCCAAGCACAUAGAAUGGGAUGACAUCCACAAGAUGGAAUAUCUGGCCCGGGUUCUGAAGGAAGGGAUGAGGUUACACUCGCCAGUCCCGUUCGUCAGUCGGAGACUAGAACAUCCCAUGGAGCUGGACGGGAAGGUCUUUCCAGUAGGAACAAUGGUCGCACUGGGCAUAUGGAAUGUUCAUCACAACCCAGACUUGUGGGAGAAGCCGGAUGUGUUUGACCCCGACCGUUUCCUGCCUGAGAACAUCAAGAAGCAGGACACCUACUCAUACAUCCCCUUCUCUGCUGGCCCACGAAACUGCAUUGGGCAACAUUUCGCUCAGAACGAAGAAAAGGUCAUAAUAGGGAGAAUUCUCCAGAGAUACAAGUUAGAGGUAGAUACAAGCUACAAGGUUGGGAGAAGGUUUGCUGGCGUGAUGAAGUCCACUGAAGGUCUGUGGGUGUACGCUAAACACAGAAACUGA